UACCACAGCACUAAUAUAUUAUCAACAUUUAUUUAUUUUGAUUACAAAAUGAAUUUGCGCAAAAUUAACGCUGUGACAAGACUACCCGGCCUACGGACAUGUUUUCCUUAUUCAAGUGCUGCCAACGCAGAGCUGCCCGCCUCCAUGAUCAACAACGAACCGGAGGAAACGUACCCUAAUGCUGUGGACCGCUCCGGCCUGCUCCCGCAGCACAAAAAUGUGCUCCUUAACACUUUGCCGUAUGAUGAACCGCACUCAUGGAUUCACUUGACGGAGAAAUACCAGCGACAGGCUUACGGACGCUAUGGGGCCAAGAGUAAAGUAAAUCCCAAAAUCUGCUUCGAUUCAGCCAAAGACCCAAGAGAGCAAGUUAUGCAACUAGACACACUUUUGAAAAUGCUUGAAAAGAACCGGGCACAGAAGGCGGAAGAACAGCAGAAGAUCCAAAACCGCGAAGAUGACAUUGCCAAGAAGAUGGAGAAGCUGCAGCAGUGGAAGGCUGACUUGCAUGCGAAGAUCGCCAAACGAGAGGCCGAUGCUGCGGCGGCGAUAGCACGUAAGGAGCGUCUGGUUGAAGAGGUUCGCCGGCAUUUCGGUUUCAAAGUGGACACCCGGGACGAGCGGUUUAAGGAAAUGCUUGAACAAAAAGAGAAGGAGGAUAAGAAGAAACAAAAAGAAGCCAAGCGAAAGGCCAAGGAGGAGAAGAUGAUGGCGAAAUUGGUGGAGAAGACUUCUUCAUAAUGUUAACAUAGUCACUAACCAAACUGUUGUCUGUUAUAGGAGCCACAAAAUAAACGGAAAUAAGUUUCAUGUUUCCAGU